AUGGCAGAGACAAAUACCGUAGAUUCCCACCUUGACGAUAUUAUUCUCGACGAGGAAUAUGUGAACAAAGCUUUGUGCCAUCUGAUGGGAAGUGAUUCAGAAAACUGCUCUUAUUCUCAGGGUUAUGUGAAGAGACAAGCUGUGUUUGCAUGCAACACGUGCACGCCCGACGCAGCACAGCCUGCAGGCAUUUGCUUGGCCUGUUCCAACAAAUGCCACGAUGGACAUGACAUCUUUGAAUUGUACACCAAAAGAAACUUUCGAUGUGAUUGUGGGAAUCGCAAGUUUGGUGAUUUCCGCUGUCUGCUAAUACCGGCCAAAGAUGAGGAAAAUGUGAAAAACCUUUACAAUCACAACUACUCUGGCUGCUACUGCUCGUGCGACCGGCCGUAUCCUGACGUGGAGGAUCAGGUCAACGAUGAGAUGAUUCAGUGUGUCGUCUGUGAGGACUGGUUUCAUACCAGGCAUCUGCAGUGCACGGUAGCCGAAUCUGAGGAGCUGCUGGAGAUGGUAUGCGAGGCCUGCAUGAAGAAGGCUCCUUUCUUGUGGACGUAUGCCGCUCACUUCUCAGGUAAUUCUCCCUUGCUGCUGAGCAAAACCAGUAUUUCGUCCGAGGAGGACGAAGAAGUGGAUGUCACAGAAGGAGAAGAAAAGCAGCACGAUUCAGAGUGGAGUAAAGUUAGCCAAGUACCUGACGGUCUUCAGGAACAGGAGCUGCUGCUGCUUUGCAUCUCGCCACUUGAUGGCACAGGAGAGCCUGUCCGCUCUCGGGGAGCUGCAACCAGCGCCUUUCCGUGUAAACGGAGCCACGACGACAUGACAGACUGGCCCGGGCGGACAAACAUGGCAGCUUGCAAGCUGAGGGAUCUCAAAGCCCAGAAUGUGCAGAGGGCUCAGCAGGGGGCGGUGUUCUGGCCGUACCAUUGGCGCUCUCAGCUGUGCACCUGCACAAACUGCAAGAGGGCAUACGUAGCCGCGCAGGUCCACUUCCUCCUGGACGAGUCUGACUCCAUUCUGGCCUAUGAGCAAAGAGGCCUUGACCGACCGUUUGGGCAGCACCCGCUGAUUGCCGUGACCAGUUCCAUGAACAAAGUGCAGCAGCUCGAGUUCAUUUAUGGUUAUAAUGAGAUGGUGACUGCAAUGUCUGCGUUUUUAAACCAAUGUAAAGCUGAAGAAAAGGUCGUCACGGCGGAAGAUGUACAUCAGUUUUUCGAGGAGCUGAAGGCCAAAAAACGGCGCAAACACUGA